GCAACCGGCGACUUUUGGUUAGCUAAUUUGUUUACUUUUUUUUAGAGGAAUUUGGGAAAAUAAAUAAAUGGAAAUAACCCUGGCUCUGAUAAAGCCCCAUGUGCUGCGCAACACCUAUGCGAUGCAGCAGCUCCGGGCCCUGAUCUCCCAGAAUUUCACCGUUUUGGACCAAAAGGAGGUUUGCAUUACGAAAGAACUGUCGGAGCGAUUCUACGCGGAGCACCAGGGCAAAUUCUUCUACAACCGACUCACUAGCUUCAUGAACAGCGGACCCUGUUAUGCGCUGAUCCUGCAGUCGGAGGCCUGCAUCCAAAAGUGGCGUGGUCUGCUAGGUCCCACCAAGGUGUUCCGUGCCGUAUACAGCGAUCCCAACUGCAUCCGAGCGUUGUACGGGCUAUCCGAUACCCGUAAUGCCUGCCACGGAUCGGAUAGCGAAGCAUCUGCCCUCCGCGAGAUUGGCAUCCUGUUUCCAGAGUUCGACGCCACUGUGGCCAACCGCCAGGAGAAAAAAGAGACGUAGCCGGGGAUAAUACGAUCUUUAGACUAGUCAAAAACUCAACUGCAUUUCUAUUAUAAGCAUAUCGUUCAUGGCCGCAAUUUAAUUUGAAUGAUUCAGAGUACUUUUCAAAAAUGCCCAUAAGUUUUAUAAAAGAAAUUCCUCAAGAGUCUACUUGUUCAUUUUUGUUUUAUGGCUUAACUUUAUUCUUUAAAAGCAUUUUAGAUCUAAAGAAUUUUUGCAGUUGGCAAAUAAAUAUUUAUUGUUGAAUAAUUAUAAGCAAAGUUCCCCAAAGCUGUUAGAUUAAUACUACAUGUUUACUGUUAAAAUAAAAAGGAAUAAAAAUCUACUUUUAAAGUCACUUUAA